AUGGCCCCUCUCAUCCGCGUCAUUGGCUCCCUCAACGCCGACAUGGUGUCGAUCACCCCCCGCUUCCCCGAUCCCGGCGAGACCAUCACCUCAUCAUCCUACUUCACCAGCGCCGGCGGCAAAGGCGCCAACCAAGCCGUGGCCUGUGGCCGAUUGUCCCGUCCACAGCCGGCCACCGACGGCCUAAACACCAAGAGCGAUGUAACCGUCGAGAUGGUUGGCGCAGUCGGCGCGCUGGACGGCCACUUCUCGGCCGUGCUCAAGCCCACACUCGAGAAAUCCGGCGUGGACCCGUCACGCGUGCGGGUGGUUGAGAACGCAUACACCGGCGUGGCAGUCAUCAUCGUGGACUCAUCCGCCGGCGGCGAGAACCGCAUCGUGUUCUCGCCCGGCGCUAACUACACGGGCAUGCAGCCUACGCCGGACGUUCUGGCCUCCGCGCUGGCCAGCCCCGUGCCAGACGUGAUUGUGAUGCAGGGCGAGAUCCCAGUGCAGACGGUGAUCGGGAUCCUCCGUGAACUCGCCGCGUUCAAGGCGAAGAACCGCGCUCGGGGCAUGCGUGGCAUCGAGUGCGGACCCGACGUCAUGCUCAACCCGGCUCCGGCUCCGCCGGGCGGCCUGCCGGAGGACGUCUACGCAGCGGUUGACCAUCUGAUCCUCAACGAGACCGAGGCCGAGCUGAUGAGUCCGCCGGACGAACAAUUACUCCGCGUCGUCCCGGACGCAACGGGCCUGGACGGCAAGGAGAAAGUCGCCCGGUACUUCCACAAGCUGGGGGUGAGCUAUGUGCUGAUUACGCUCGGGGCGAAGGGGGUCUGGUAUAGUGCUACUGACGGAGGAUCUACGGGGCCAAGCGAUGGUGUGCGGCGCUUCACGAACGAGAUCCCCGCCGCACCCGUGUCGCGGGUGCUAGACACCACGGCGGCGGGGGACACGUUCGUUGGAGCGUAUGCGGUGCAGGUGGCACGGUGGCGCGAGCAGCGUCGUGUGGAGGACAAGGCUGGGCAGGACCUGGCUGAUGCAGAGAAGCCGCACCGGUACCAGACGGUCAUGGACAAGGGCAUGCGGCUGGCAGUACGCGCCUCCGCUCGCGCCGUGGAGCGGCAGGGUGCGAUGGACAGCAUUCCGUUUGAGGAUGAGGUCACCUGA